AUGCCCAUAGAAACAACGAGAAGGAGGGGGAACCAAGGGGAGCCCGUGGGAGCCCCAGCGGGCGACGGGAGGCAGCCGGAGGGGCCGCAGGCGGCCGGGAGGCCGGAGCCGGAGGGGACCUCGGAGGGGCCGAGGAGACAGGGCGAGGGACCCGCGGAGGGGCCAGGGAGGAAGCAGGAGGGAGCACCGGGGAAGGGGACGAGGGAGCAGGAGGGGCCCACGGCGAAGGCCCGGAGGAGGGGGGAGCCGCAGCAGGCGGCGACGUCCGGCGGAGGGCCGGAGGUAGGGGCCCCGCAGGCAACCGAGGAGCCGCCGUCGGGGAGCCCGCAGGCGACCGACCAGGCACCGGAGGGGGGAGCGAGGCAGGGUGACGAGGCAUCGGAGGGGGACCCGCAGGCGACAGCUGACCCGGAGGGCCAGGACCUGCAGGCGCCCACCGAGCCAGAGCGCAGGCGAGGGAGGGCGAGCCAGGGGGCAGGGCGGGAGGGACCCCAGUCCGCCGUCUGUGUCCCCUCCCUCUGCGGGACACAGACAUACCGACCCCCGGUCGGGGUCGAUGUCGCCGGGGUGAGGGUGAAGGAGUCACAGGAGCGGGGCCAGGGACAGGAGCGGGGCCAGGGACAGGAGCGGGGCCAGGGACAGGAGCGGGGCCAGGGACAGGAGCGGGGCCAGGGACAGGAACCGGGUCAGCAGGCGGAGGGGGCGCCUCGGGAGCUGCUGCAGCGCGGUCAGGGGGCGCCUCGGGAGCUGCUGCAGCGCGGUCAGGGGGCGCCUCGGGAGCUGCUGCAGCGCGGUCAGGGGGCGCCUCGGGAGCUGCUGCAGCGCGGUCAGGGGGCGCCUCGGGAGCUGCUGCAGCGCGGUCAGGGGGCGCCUCGGGAGCUGCUGCAGCGCGGUCAGGGGGCGCCUCGGGAGCUGCUGCAGCGCGGUCAGGGGGCGCCUCGGGAGCUGCUGCAGCGCGGUCAGGGGGCGCCUCGGGAGCUGCUGCAGCGCGGUCAGGGGGCGCCUGCCCGGGAGCUGCAGCAGGCGGCUGCAGAGGGGGCGCCUGCCCGGGAGCUGCAGCAGGCGGCUGCAGAGGGGGCGCCUGCCCGGGAGCUGCAGCAGGCGGCUGCAGAGGGGGCGCCUGCCCGGGAGCUGCAGCAGGCGGCUGCAGAGGGGGCGCCUGCCCGGGAGCUGCAGCAGGCGGCUGCAGAGGGGGCGCCUCUGCAGGAACAGGAGCACGGUCAGGAACAGGAGCUGGCUGCAGUGGGGGCGCCUGCCCGGGAGCUGCAGCAGGCGGCUGCAGUGGGGGCGCCUGCCCGGGAGCUGCAGCAGGCGGCUGCAGAGGGGGCGCCUCUGCAGGAACAGGAGCUGGCUGCAGUGGGGGCGCCUGCCCGGGAGCUGCAGCAGGUGGCUGCAGUGGGGGCGCCUGCCCGGGAGCUGCAGCAGGCGGCUGCAGAGGGGGCGCCUCUGCAGGAACAGGAGCACGGUCAGGAACAGGAGCUGGCUGCAGUGGGGGCGCCUGCCCGGGAGCUGCAGCAGGCGGCUGCAGUGGGGGCGCCUGCCCGGGAGCUGCAGCAGGCGGCUGCAGAGGGGGCGCCUCUGCAGGAACAGGAGCUGGCUGCAGUGGGGGCGCCUGCCCGGGAGCUGCAGCAGGUGGCUGCAGUGGGGGCGCCUGCCCGGGAGCUGCAGCAGGCGGCUGCAGAGGGGGUGCCUCUGCAGGAACAGGAGCCCGGUCAGGAACAGGAACACGGGCAGGAACAGGAGCUGGCUGCAGUGGGGGCGCCUGCCCGGGAGCUGCAGCAGGCGGCUGCAGUGGGGGCGCCUGCCCGGGAGCUGCAGCGCGGUCAGGAACUGGAACACGGUCAGGAACAGGAGCUGGCUGCAGUGGGGGCGCCUGCCCGGGAGCUGCAGCAGGCGGCUGCAGAGGGGGCGCCUGCCCUGGAGCUGCAGGUGGCUGCAGUGGGGGCACCUGCCCUGGAGCUGCAGCAGGUGGCUGCAGUGGGGGCGCCUGCCCGGGAGCUGCAGCAGGCAGCGAAGGCGGCGGCUGCGCAGGCGGCGGCUGCGCAGGCGGCGGCGGCGAAGGCGGCAAUGGCGGCUGCACGGGAGCGGGGUCCGCCGGCAAUGGCGGCUGCACGGGAGCGGGGUCCGCCGGCAAUGGCGGCUGCACGGGAGCGGGGCCCGCAGGUGGCAGGAGCGGCUGCUCCGGCUCGGGGACUGACGCCUUCUGGAGCAGGAUCAGCUGCCUAAGGUCCCCUGCUAACCCCUCGAGUUUUUCUGGACCUGAGGCGGCUGUAAACGCGUCGAAACCUCUCGUUAAACGCGUGAUAAGUUCCUCCAUCUUCCGGUCUCCCGGGGGUGUCGGCCUCUCCAACACCCUUAUAAAGAGACCCUGGAGGGUGAAAAACUGGUCCACCAGGGUAGCCUUUCUCCCUGGGAGAGGCGCGGUGAACGCCUCCGGGGAGGCUGCCGCUGGUAGCGAGGUAGGUAAGUCCGGCGCGGGUGAGGUUAGCGUGGCCCGAGUAGGGAAGCGGGGCACACGCGGGAUGGCGUCUCUCCCGGUCCGGAUCCCUCCCCAGUUGUCCAAUCUUUCCAGCCGGUAGUUGCACCGCUCGAGGGGCGGUAGGAGGACGGAGUCUUUCGGCUCCAAAUCUGCGAGAAGGAGGACCUGUUCCUCCUCGUCCUCAGGCGGGAGCCAUAGCCUGGAUAGCGUGCAGGCUCCCAGAGUGAUGUCCGUCUCCUCUGGGAUCCGUUUCGUCCGCUUGCUCUUCUUUUUGAGGUCCGUCAUUCUGUCACGGGGCGGUUCGGGUGGACAGGCGAUUGUGCGGGCGGUGGUUCAGAAAACCAGGCAAACGAGCAGGAUCGGGGUAAUCGGGGUUUAUUCGGGACAAGGAGACACGGGAGGCGAGGGACCACCAACACCAUGUGCACAGAUCACGUAAUGACGGACAACGAUCACAGGCAAGACUCAGACUUAAAUACACAGGACUGAUCACAGUAAUCGGACAUAGGUGGAAACAAUCAGGGAAACACACGUUGGCAAGCAGGGGGGCGUGGCACACAUGAGGAGCCGACGAGCAGGGCAU